AUGUCGUCAAACCACCUUUUGCUGGGCACCCUCACGGGCGUCGUGGCUGCCGUUGUCGCCAUCUUCUUCUUUGUGUCUUCGUCCAACAAAGAGCGUGCUGCGCUCAAGAAGGACGAGUUCCAGGAAUUCCCGUUGAUCCAGAAGAUUGUUCUCUCGAAGGACAGCGCCCUCUUCCGGUUCGGGCUCCCUAAGCCCACGGACGUGUUGGGUCUUCCAAUUGGCCAGCACAUCCAGAUCGCCGCCGAGGUUGAGGGGAAAAACGUGAUGCACUCCUACACCCCGACCUCCUUGGAUCAGGACUCCAAGGGCUUCUUUGACCUGCUCAUCAAGGUCUAUCCAAACGGAAAGCUCUCGUCGCACAUCGACUCCCUUAAGCUCGGGCAGACCAUCAAGGUCAAGGGCCCUAAGGGUUUCUACAACUACGAGCCAAACAUGUUGAACCACAUCUGCAUGGUCGCGGGCGGCACCGGCAUCACGCCAAUGUACCAGAUCAUCAAGGCGAUCCUGACGAAUCCUAAGGACAAAACCAAGAUCACCCUUCUCUACGGCUCCCUCUCCGAACACGACAUCUUGUUGAGAGCAGAGUUGGACGAGUUUGCCAAGAACCACGAGAACUUCCACCUCGUGUACUACUUGGACAGAGCCCCAGAGGGCUGGGGCGGCAAAACCGGGUACAUCACCAAGGACGCUCUCGUCGAGCACUUCCCGGAGCCUGCCGACGACGUCCAGCUCUUGCUCUGCGGCCCACCAGGCUUGGUGGCCUCCGUGAAGAAGGCCUCCCACGAGUUGGGCUUUCAAAAGGCCAAGCCAGUAUCCAAGGCCGGUGACCAGACCUUCUUGUUCUGA